UUUCAUAUAUACACUAUAUUGCCAAAAGUAUUGGGCCCGCCCUCCAAAUUAUGUGAUUCAGGUGUACCAAUCCCCUCCAUAUCAUGUGAUUCAGGUGUUCCAAUCCCCUCCAUAUCAUGUGAUUCAGGUGCUCCAAUCCCCUCCAUAUCAUGUGAUUCAGGUGUUCCAAUCCCCUCCAUAUCAUGUGAUUCAGGUGCUCCAAUCCCCUCCAUAUCAUGUGAUUCAGGUGUUCCAAUCCCCUCCAUAUCAUGUGAUUCAGGUGUUCCAAUCCCCUCCAUACCAUGUGAUUCAGGUGUUCCAAUCCCCUCCAAAUCAUGUGAUUCAGGUGUUCCAAUCCCCUCCAUAUCAUGUGAUUCAGGUGCUCCAAUCCCCUCCAUGGACACAGGUGUAUACAAUCAA